UCCCAAUAGAGUUGCCGUAGCACAUCCGCCGAAUCAAUCGUUAAGAAGGUAGACCCAUAGUUCGUAUUUCUUUACAAUAUUAUCACGAUGUCCUUUUGUUGUUAAUGUUUUAUUAGCUACACUUUUGACGUCACAUUGGAUAACAGCCUCGUCUCGGUGCGUUUAGUGGCUUCUCGAUCUAGCUUACCUUGCUAGCUGCUAACAAAGACGGGCGGAAGUUAGCAUCACAUGCUAACAGUGUUGUUUUUGUGUAUUUGUUGCGUUCGUGAAGGCGCAACUAACUGCAAAUGUUGAAGAAAUAUUUGUAGUGUUUGGAAGAAAAAAAACGAUAGCCGAGAAGGAGGAGGACCUUUCUCGAACAAAAGAGGAGACCAAGUGUUGUUUUCAAGCCUCAAAUGGACUCACCAAGAGACGUCAGUGAGCGGCACGAGUGGACCUCCGGGGUGGAGCAGGGGGAGCCACGGUCCCCCCACAUUAAAGAAGAGGAGGAGGAGCAACUGUGGACUCCAGAAGAUGCUAAUAAUAUCAGCACGUUUCCAGUGAUUCAUGUGAUUGUGAAGAGUGAGGAUGAUGACGAUGAAGCUCAAUGGUCUCAGCUGGAUGAUGACUGCGGUCAAAGUGAGGAGACGAGAAGAUUAGAAGCCGCUCCGCUGUCAGAUAAUGACGACACGACGUCACGCUCCCCUGACGCUGACUAUGAAGACGCUGACAUGACGUGUCACACUGACAACAAACAUUUCAAAUGCUCCCAAUGUGACAAAAGUUUUAUGUACAAGUCCGAUUUGACAACGCACAUGAGGGUCCACACCGGGGAAAAACCAUUCUUCUGUCCAUUUUGCGCCAAAAGAUUCUCACAAAAAGGCACUUUGACAAUACACACAAGAACACACACAGGAGAGAAACCAUUUUCAUGUGCAGUCUGCGACACAAGUUGUAUUGACCGUUCAGCGUUGGUCAAACACACGCGAACGCACACCGGCGAGAAAAGUUUUGCGUGUUCAGUUUGCGGGGAAAGAUUUUCCCGAAAGGUGAAUUUGACCGAACACACCAGAACACACACCGGCGAGAAACCGUUCCCCUGCACCGUCUGCGGUAAAGGAUUCUCAAAAAAGGUGAAUUUGAAGUCGCAUACAAGAACACACACCAGUGAAAAGCCAUUUUCCUGCUCGGUCUGCAGCACAAGGUUCAGAUUUCAGUCCUCAUUGAUACCACACAUGCGAACACACACUGCUGAUAGUUCUUUUCCGUGCUCAGUCUGUGGUAAAAUCUUCAUUAGAAAGAUGAAUUUAAUAGAACACACGAGGACUCACACAGGAGAAAAGCCGUUUUCCUGUUCGGUCUGCAACAUGCCGUUUCGGUGUCAGUCAGCAGUCGUGAAACACAUGAGGACGCAUACUGGCGAGAAACCUUUUUCCUGCUCAGUCUGCAACAAAAGUUUUAGCCUUCAUCCUUCAUUGUUCAGACACAUGAGAACGCACACCGGAGAGAAACCUUUCGGUUGCGGUGUGUGCUGUGAGAAGUUCUGUUAUAAGUAUCAACUUAGCAAACACAAAUGUGCCGGUGAGAGCAGUAGUAAUCAAACACAUUUUAAUAAAUACAUUUAGAUUUUAUUUCUAAACAUUUUAAAAGAACACACGUGCACCGGAAAACAAUUAUAAGUAAUUUAAGUAAGUAUACAUUGUUUGCCAUGUAUUAAUGAUGACGUAAACUUAGACUUAGACUUAGACAAACAAGGGAAAUUGUUCCACACAGUAGCUCAGUUUCAAAGGAUGGAAAGAAUAAUGCAGAUAUUAAGUAGACUAAAAAUAGAUAGAUAGAUAGAUAGAUAGAUAGAUAGAUAGAUAGAUAGAUAGAUAGAUAGAUAGAUAGAUAGAUAGAUAGAUAGAUAGAUAGAUAGAUAGAUAGAUAGAUAGAUAGUACUUUAUUGAUUCCUUCAGGAGAGUUCCCUCAGGAAAAUUAAAAUUCCAGCAGCAGUGUACCGAAUUGAGAUCGAAUUUAAAAAGUAAAUAAUGGGGGAAUAAAUGGAAACAAAAUAGAAAAAUAUUACAAUAAGAAUAAAAAUAAAAAGCAACAAUGAGAACCAAAAUAAAACAGUAAAAUAAGAAUAUAACGAGAAACUAGGCAGUAGUGACCAUGUUAUAUAUGUUAUAUUGCUACUAUGGUACAUUUGUAAUGGUACAAAGUAAAUAAUGGGGGAAUAAAUGGAAACAAAAUAGAAAAAUAUUACAAUAAGAAUACACAUA